UAAUCUUAUUCUGCUUUCGGUAUAUUUACUGCGAGGGAGCGAGCGAGCGAGCGAGCGAUUGACCGUACACCGCUCGAACAGGUUCAGCUUGUCAGAUCUGCGUGUGUCGUCUGAUGGUCGCAUUCUUCGUCGUCGUAGUGCAAUAUUCCUGUACGUACACAUUUUGGAAGUGCAAGUAUCGGUAGAAGCAGCAGUGAAGUGAAAAGUGAAUAAUCGUGCACCUCUUGUGUGUUUGCAUGCUUACUUCGAAUUGCAGUCAUUUUUCCACGUAUUUCAGUGCUAAAGGUCGCUUUCUAGGGAUUGGCGAAGUGCGACUGCCCGGUGGGGGAAUCGAUUUCGAGUUUCCGGACGCGACGUGCUCUUGUUCUGAGCUACUACGUAAAACCGGAUUCAUUGAAGGUGAAGAAGGCAUCGCGGAUAGGAUUGAGGAUCGGAAAAAAGAAGCACGAGAAAACGAUCGUCCGGGAGAAGUCGUCGUCGUCGUCGUCGCUUCGUUGUCGUGUUUUGUUGUCCGAGAGGGCGAUUGAAUAAUUUUAUUAAUUUGUUGGCCUAAGCGGUCGAAGAAAACAUCGGAAAAAUCACAUGUAAAAAGUCGGACGAUCCGGAGUGUGAGUGUGAUUCAGCUCGGACCUGUUUCCCGAGGGAAGGCGAGUGAUGAGAUCGCAGUUCAGCAACUUUAACACAUCGCUAAUCAUGCCCAGCGGAAGUUCCGGAAGUUCAUCGAUUCCACAGCGGCCUCCUCGGCGGAGAGCCCACUCGGUGGGUAAUUCGAACUAUGGUUCGUCGCUGGCACUGGCCUCAUCCACCCCGAGGGGCUCGCUGUUCAAUGCGAAUGACGAAGAAUCUAGUCUGAUUCGGAUUAAGGUGGUUGCAGCGCACUCGCUCACGAAGAAGGACAUCUUCGGCAACAGUGAUCCGUACGUUAAGGUAGAUGUCAAUACGAUCGUCGGCGAUGUCAACAUUGAUUCCAUGGUCACCAAGACCAAGAAGAAGACGCUCAAUCCGGUGUGGGAGGAAGAGUUUAUCUUCCGGGUCAAGCCCAACGAGCACAAGCUGGUCUUCCAGGUUUACGACGAGAAUCGUCUUACCCGGGAUGGUUUCCUGGGUAUGGUCGAGCUUACCUUGAUUAACCUGCCCCGGGAACAGGAGGGGCGCUCGAUUGCUACCAAAAACUAUCCUCUCCGGCCGAAGAAGAUCACCGGCAUGCUACGUUCCAAGAUCAGAGGUUCACUGGAUAUCUACCACGCGGUGAUGCGUGAUCAGGAAGGUGCGGACCAGAAUGCCUGGUCCGUGGCUGAACAACCUGCCUCGGUAGCCCUUCGCACAGCACAGACGGCGCCGUCCAACGGGGAGGCCAUGCCGCAGGGCUGGGAAGAACGGCAGGACGCCAUCGGACGGACUUACUACGUGAAUCACAUCGCCCGUACGACACAGUGGGAACGGCCGACGGCAACAAACUCACAGCAUGGAAGCAACGAAAUGGCGGCAGCAUUCCAGCGAAGAUAUCACAUCAGUAACGACCCCAGCGAUAGGCAGAACAGCACCGGCAACAGUGCCAACAACAGUAAUGUGGAUAGCCUAAGUAUAACCUCCGAAGGCAAUGCUAGUCUCCGAUUGGAUCGAUCAUUGAGUGGAUCCGUAGCCUCGCUGAAUGCUAGUGCGAGCAGUAACAACAACAUCAACAACAACAGCAGCAGUAGACCAAUCCGGACGGCGCCGUUACCGCCUGCUUCCUCGGCGGCCUCUUCCACUAGCAAUACCCCGAUUAGUGGAAGGCGGCUAGCGCCACAGCCCCCCGUACCUGCGCCCAGGAGUACCACGGAAAACGGACGACACUCGCCGGACGAUAACAACGACCGAGCCAACAACAAUGCCGACAACUCGCCGUUAAACGAUACCGGAGGCAGCAGUAGGGAGACAGCGGAUGAGCCGCCGAGUUCGUCUGCUCCACCGACUGGCGAUGGUCAACAGCAGCAACCCCAGCUACCCAGCGCGGAAGGUCUGCCGCCAGGAUGGAGCAUGCAGUACGCAGCUAACGGGCGGUUGUUCUUCAUCGAUCACAGCAAUAAGAAAACCUCUUGGGUAGAUCCACGAUCUGGUGUGGCCAGUGCUAUUCCGAAUGCUGCCCUGAACAGUGGAAACCAGGCGGCAACCGGUGCCGGUGCGGCGAAUGCGAACGCCCGGCAUCAGGACGACGAACUGGGCCCGCUGCCCGAGGGCUGGGAGGAACGGGUGCACAACGACGGUAGGACAUUCUUCAUCGAUCACAACACCCGCACGACGCAGUGGGAUGAUCCGCGGCUGUCGAAUCCGAAAAUUGCCGGCCAGGCGGUGCCUUACUCCAGGGACUACAAGCAAAAGUACGAGUAUCUCAAGAGUCAGCUCAAGAAGCCGACCAACGUACCGAACAAAAUCGACAUCAAAGUACGGCGGCAGUCGAUCCUGGAGGACUCGUACCGGAUCAUCAACUCGGUGACGAAGGUGGAUCUGCUCAAAACGAAACUGUGGGUCGAAUUCGAGAGCGAGGCGGGUCUCGACUACGGUGGCCUGGCUCGGGAAUGGUUCUAUCUGCUAUCGAAGGAGAUGUUCAACCCCUACUACGGUCUGUUUGAGUACUCGGCCAUGGACAACUACACCCUGCAGAUCAACCCAUUCAGUGGCCUGUGCAAUGAGGAGCAUCUGAAUUACUUCAAAUUCAUUGGCCGAAUAGCAGGCAUGGCCGUGUACCAUGGAAAGCUGCUGGAAGCGUUCUUCAUUCGGCCGUUCUACAAAAUGAUGCUGCAGAAGCAGAUCGAUCUGAAAGAUAUGGAAUCCGUCGAUACGGAGUACUACAACUCGUUGCUGUACAUUAAGGAAAACGACCCGUCGGAGCUAAUGUUGACCUUCAGCGUCGAUGAGGAGAGUUUCGGAACCACUAGUCAACGGGAACUGAAGCCCGAUGGGGCCAAUAUUGAGGUGAAUAACGAAAACAAAGACGAGUACAUCAAACUAGUGAUCGAGUGGAGGUUCGUGGCCAGAGUGAAGAGCCAGAUGCAAGGCUUCCUGGAUGGAUUCGGUUCGCUGAUUCCACUGCAUCUGUUGAAGAUCUUUGACGAGAAUGAACUGGAAUUACUCAUGUGUGGUAUCCAGAGCAUCGAUGUAAAUGAUUGGAAAAAGAAUACGCUAUACAAGGGUGAUUACUACGCGAAUCAUGUGGUGGUGCAGUGGUUCUGGAGGGCGGUUCUUUCGUUCAACAACGAGAUGCGAUCGAGGCUACUGCAAUUCGUGACGGGCACCUCGAGGGUACCGAUGAAUGGGUUCAAGGAGCUGUACGGCUCGAACGGUCCACAGAUGUUCACCAUCGAGAAGUGGGGCUCACCGGACAACUUUCCGCGGGCGCACACAUGCUUUAACCGAUUGGAUCUCCCACCGUACGAGAGCUAUUCGCACCUAAAAGACAAGCUAGUGAAAGCCAUCGAAGGCAGCCAAGGCUUCGCCGGAGUAGAUUAGAGCCGUUAUUCGAUCUACUUCACUACAUUCCCUUUAGAACAAGAACACAAUAAUCACACACACACACACAAAAAAAGGAAUAAACUUCCCUAGAAGAGAAGCAAGCCGUGUUAAUUGUAUCUAGGUGUAGCCGAUAGGUGUACAGAAGCGAGGAAAACGGAAAGCAAACAAUCAGCCUAGAAGGGGGAAUCAACUUUUCAGUUACGCUACAGAAAGUCUGCCAUAAAAACCGCGCGCGAGUCUUUUCGUAGAACCACAAUAGGAGAAAAAAAAACAAUCAAUUUUACUGAGGAAUGAUGAAAGUAUUUCGAGGUGAUACCAACGGAAGAGAAGAGGGAGUGCCUUGCAGAGAAAUGGUGGAUUGCACAACAAAACAAAAAACCCGGAAAACCCUUUGGACGCAAUAGGAACCACCCUGUUGCCAACGAAGUUUUAAUCAUUAGUCAUCAGGAUGGGAAAAUAUUUACAAGGCGGUUAAGGAACGUGAAGUGCUAAGAAAGUUGCUGUCCAGUGAUGGAUUUCACUGGCGAAUCACUGUUUUUCUUUCGCUAAUGGUUAUGCGCACAUUGAAGUGAUUUGAGAGCUGGUCGAUCGAAACUAGUUCAUUCGGAAAGUUUAAAACGGAAUGUCAACCUGUAUGUACGUAUUAUUUAAUUUUUAGUAAACACAAAUACCAUUAUUCAAAUGAAACGA